AGCAGAAGGAGGAAAAGAUGAAAACUUUUGGAUAGAACUCUCUGUCUCUGGUGUGAGUGACAGAAGAAAGGUUUCUGAAAUCUCUCUACUCCAUAGCAAAACAAGGAAAAGAUUAUUCAAUUUUGCAAUGGCAGUAUCAUCAGUCUCUUCAACUCUGAUACCUUCUUUAACAAUCCCAAACUCUCCUUCACCCAAACCAAAGUUCAAUCUUUUAUCUCCUUCUUCACCAAUCUCUUUCAACCCUUUGAAGCUCAGCAACAAUACCCUUAAACUUUCACUGUCACCCACCAAGGUUUUCGCUGCCCCUGAAGCUUUGGAAGAAACACCUGAGGUUGGAGGUUCAGAGGUGCCCGGUUCUUCAUCUGUUAGUGCAGAAGCGGAUAAGACGGCACCUAAGCAGAAGAUUAGAAUUAAACUUAGGUCAUACUGGGUCCCCCUGAUUGAGGACUCUUGCAAGCAGAUAAUGGAUGCUGCACGGACUACCAAUGCUAAGACCAUGGGUCCUGUGCCGUUACCAACCAAGAAGAGGAUCUAUUGUGUUCUUAAAUCCCCACACGUGCACAAGGAUGCAAGGUUCCACUUUGAGAUCCGGACACACCAGCGCCUUAUAGAUAUUCUAUACCCAACUGCACAAACAAUUGAUUCUUUGAUGCAGCUUGACCUUCCUGCUGGGGUUGAUGUGGAAGUCAAGCUCUAAAUGAAGCCACAAUGUAGCUUAGGGCAAUGCUAGGUGCUGGAUUCCUUCAAGAACAAGUUCUACUAGGGUAAUCAUCAUUGGUUCUAGUGUGUAGCGGAUGACUGCUCAGUUGUAAAAAUCAAUAAGGACCUUCUCCGAGCAGCUUUCACUCCCCUUUUUCUCGGUUGGCUUGUAAGAAUUAAGAACCAUUUUUUUAUGAAAUCUUACUGUACUAGCAUUAACUGAAUCAAAAUGAGUCAUGUAGAGUUUCUCUGCGGCUGUUCCUUAUGUAAUCUCUCUUGCAGAAACUUGUUGGAUAUGCCAAAAGUGCAUAUCAAGCACUAUUAACCUUUGAUUCAUAUGCUUUUAUAUAACAAGUUUGUGCAUCACUGUUUAGUGUAA